CAUAAAGUCUUCUGCUUGUGCAACGCCCCUUUUGCCUGCCCGUUGAGACAGAAACGCUGAGGCUGUGAAUAGUUUAGUAAUUGUCCUAGAUUAACUUCGUUAUUAUAUCUGUCAGAAAUAAUCUGCCUAAAAAUGUCGCAGUCUAUCCUCGAAACGAUGUCCGGAGCUUCGACGGGAGCUGCGGUGGUCACAAACCCUCUGAAUUUCUGGGCUGGGAAACCAUUUAAAUCCAGAGAGGAGAAAAACGGAGAACCAGUGUUUGAGCCUGCAACUGGUCGUGUUCUGUGUCAACUGGUCCCCUGUGGGGCUGAGGAGGUGGAUGAAGCAAUACGGAGUGCCCAUUCCGCCUAUCUGGAAUGGAGGAAACUGGCAGGUUUGGAGAGAUCUAGGGUGAUGCUGGAGGCCGCACGCAUCAUCAGGGAAAGGAGGGAGAAUAUUGCAAAGGUGGAAGUGAUCAACAAUGGCAAGUCCAUCACUGAAGCUCUGGCAGAUAUUGAUAGUGCUUGGCAGUGUAUUGAGUACUAUGCCGGGCUGGCAAGUACUCUUUCAGGUCAACACAUUCAGCUGCCGGGAGGAUCAUUCGCUUACACCAGGAGAGAGCCUCUCGGGGUGUGCGUGGGAAUAGGUGCCUUUAACUAUCCCUUCCAGAUCGCAUCGUGCAAGUCAGCUCCAGCUCUGGCAUGUGGAAAUGCUAUGGUCUUCAAACCCUCUCCCAUGACUCCUGUGACCGCUGUCAUCUUGGCUGAGAUCUACAAAGAGGCAGGGGUACCUGAUGGGCUCUUUUGUGUCGUCCAAGGUGGAGCAGAGACUGGCACCUUGCUCUGCAAUCACCCAAAGGUUGCAAAGCUCUCCUUCACUGGAAGUGUCCCCACAGGGAAAAAGAUCAUGGAAAUGGGUGCAAAAGGGGUGAAACAGGUGACUCUGGAGCUUGGAGGGAAAUCUCCUCUCAUUAUCUUCAACGACUGUGACCUGGAGAACGCAGUGAGGGGAGCACUUAUGGCAAACUUCCUGACACAGGGGCAGGUUUGCUGCAAUGGGACCAGAGUGUUUGUGCAUAGAGACAUCAUUCCGAAGUUUCUUGAGGAAGUGGUCAAGAGGACCACUACCAUCUCUGUGGGUGACCCACUGCUCGACAGCACCCGAAUGGGUGCACUGAUUAGCAAGUUCCAGCUGGAAAAAGUGCUGGGGUUUGUCAGCCAGGCCAAGAAAGAGGGAGCAAAAGUGCUUUGUGGAGGAGAGCCUUUGGUCCCCAGUGACCCCAAGUUGAAGGGAGGGUACUUUAUGUCACCAUGUGUACUUGACAACUGCAGAGAUGACAUGACUUGUGUGAAAGAAGAAAUUUUUGGACCCGUCAUGUCGGUCCUGCCUUUCGACACUGAGGAAGAAGUAAUCAAGAGGGCCAAUAACACCACCUUUGGAUUGGCCUCUGGUGUCUUCACCAGGGAUAUUUCACGUGCACAUCGUGUGGCUGAGCACAUGGAAGCUGGCACAUGCUUCAUCAAUAACUACAACAUCAUGCCCACUGAAGUGCCAUUUGGAGGAUACAAGAUGUCAGGCUUUGGCAGAGAGAAUGGCCAGGUGACGAUUGAAUACUACUCCCAACUGAAGACUGUCAUCGUGGAAAUGGGCGACGUAGAUAAUUACUUCUAAUCUCAUCAGCUUGAGCUUGCAUUCACGAAAAUAGAUUGACCAUUAAAUUGUGGAUUUCAAAACAUUUCAAAGAUUUUAUAGCGUAUUUUUAUAGUGGAUUCGUACAUGAAAUUAUUUUGAACAACUAUAUUCUUACCAACUCAAUAAAAUCAUGUGGGCUAA